AUGCACACCAUCAUCUUGGCCCUCCUGGGUCUGGGUGCUCUGGUGCCCCAGGCUCUCGCCGACGACACGCUCAGCACCAAGGGGUUCAGUCUGUGCAUGCAGAAUUCGGAUAUCUCGGUGCAGAAAUUGGAUGUGUCCUACUCCAAAUCGACUCAACAAGUCGUCUUCGACGUGGCUGGCUCCAGUGCGAAGGAACAAUAUGUCACCGCCUCCCUGGUGGUGACUGCUUACGGCAAUGAGAUUUAUACAAAGACCUUUGAUCCCUGCGGAACGGAGAUCCAUGUGGAUCAGUUAUGUCCAGUCCCCGCCAAAGGAUUCGCCGCCAGCGGCGACAUUACGGUACCUGACGAAUACGCCAGCCAGAUCCCCUCUAUUGCGUUUAAUAUCCCCGACCUGGAUGGCCAGGCCAAACUCACCCUGACCUCGAACGACACCGAUGUGGCCUGCGUGCAGUCCACCCUUUCCAACGGCAAGAGCACCACCGUUCCCGGGGUCUCCUGGGCCUCGGCCGGUAUUGCCGCGGGGGCGCUGGCUCUCGGUGGUAUCUCUGCGCUCGGCACGGCGGGCGCCAGCGGGGUGCCCGCGUCCAGCCCCUCCGUGGGGGAUAUCAUGGGAUGGUUUGGCUCGGUAGCCAUGAACGGCAUGCUGAGCGUCCACUACCCGCCCGUCUACAAGAGUUUCACCAAGAACUUUGCCUGGAGUACCGGCCUGAUCCCCUGGGCCAGCAUGCAGAACUCGAUCGACGACUUUCGCAGAUCGACGGGCGGUAACUUGACCCACAACAGCUACAUCUACCUCACCGGCCUCAGCACGGCCACUUCCGCAGACGCUGCCAACUCCACUUCCUCUGCCUCCAAGCGGAGUGUAGACCUGGUUUAUCGUGCGGCCGGUCUGGUGAUUCGCUCCUUGGAGGUGUCAGAGACGAACGUUUCCGACAGCACCGCCACCGCAAAUGCCACCAGCAGCGCGUCCAGCGGGAGCGGCAGUUUGACCGAGUGCGGUGAUGUCGUGUCCAACUUCAAGUGCUACGCUCAGGAGGUCAUGAUCCCCUCCGCCAACGUCUUCAUGACUAUUCUCCUGGUCUUUGCCAUCGUCGUGGCGGUCAUCGUCGUCGGCAUUCUCCUGCUCAAGGUGAUUCUGGAGCUCUGGGCAUUGUACGGCAAUUUCCCCAAGAGCUUGACCAACUUCCGGAACGACUACUGGGGCAUCAUGGCUCGGACCAUCACCAACAUGAUCCUGGUCCUCUACAGUAUCUGGGUGCUGUACUGUGUCUACCAAUUGCGCAAUGGUGACUCGUGGGCCGCCAAAGUACUCGCGGCGGUGACCUUGGGUCUCUUCACCGCCGUUCUGGCCUUCUUCGCCUGGAGAAUCGUCCACCUCGCUCACAAGUACAAGAAGACCGAGGGUGAUAUCGCACGCCUGUACGAGGACCGCGAGACCUGGCGCAAGUACAGCCUGUUCUACGACUGCUACAAGAAGGAUGUGUGGUGGCUGUUCAUUCCCGUGAUCGUCUACGCUCUGGCCAAGGGUUGCAUCAUCGCGGGCGCCGAGGGGCACGGUAUGGUUCAGACCAUUGGCCAGCUUGUGGUCGAGUGCUGCAUGUUGGCCUUGCUGCUGUGGAAUCGUCCCUAUGCGACCAAGUCGUCCAUGGGUAUCAACAUGACCAUCCAGAUUGUGCGUGUCUUGUCCGUCAUUUGCGUGCUGGUCUUUGUGGAGGAACUCGGUCUAUCCCAGACCACCAAAACUGUGACCGGUGUCGUGCUGAUUGUUGUGCAAUCCACCCUAACGGGUGUUCUGGCCAUCCUCAUUGCCAUCAAUGCCAUUAUCGUGUGUGUGCGGGAGAACCCUCAUGCCAAGAAGCUUCGCGAAGCCGAAAAAGCAAACAAGGACCUUGACGAUCUCACUCCGCUUGAUGCGCGUGAAUCUCUUCUGAUCGAUCACCCGCCCAAGCGCGACUUCACGGAGAUGAGCAAGUUCAACUUCACCACCCCUUAUGAGCCCUACCGGGAUCAACCCAUGCACCGAUCCGAGAGCCACGAGCACUUGGUCUACGCCGACCACGGAGUUGCCCGUGGCACUGCCUAUGACCGAAGUCACAGCCCCGCCGCUGACUCCCGGUCGUCCAUGGAAGGUCGAAAGCCGACUGCCCCCGGUUACGGCAUGGCCUAUUGA